AUUAUUGUGCAAUUGAUAUUUAGUUAGAUUCCAGGCAACGGCCAGAGCUCUGCUGCGAUAGGGGUCCUUGCUCCAGAUAUAGGGGUACAUCCAGGGCCGGGAUGAGGAGAACGUUAUCUUGUCUGGCUGCUGAGAUCAAUAAUCGACAAACAAGGACUGUGCUUCUUAUCUGUCUGUGCUCUGCGGUCUGCUGUUUGUCUGGUCAGUCUGUUGCUGGACAAGAACGACAUGCGUGUCCUUCUAAAUUAUGGGAGGAAUUUAACAGCAGUUGUUACACACUUGUCGAUGUAACAAAGGAGAAUUUGCGAAGCAUUGAACCUGCGCGAGGACUUUGCAAAGAUAAUGGCGCUGAAAUUAUAAGCAUUGGAUCAAAGGAGGAGAAUUCAUUCUUGGUUAAAACGUUUCAAACAAAGUGGAAAGGUCCGAGAGAAGUCUUACUGGGCAUGUUUUAUGACAGCGAUGACAAUUCCCUGAAAUGGUUGGACAAGUCUGAAGUGACCUUCUUAAAUUGGGGACAAGUAGAAUUAGCCGACAAUAACUUAGACACUUGUGUGGAAAUGAAUACACAGAGCGGACUGUGGGGCGUCACUGACUGCGAUCACUUCACUGCAUCAGCAGUCCUGUGCAAAUAUACCCCAAAAGGAAACACAAAGACAUUUGAUAAGAAAGCCUUGAUGAUUACUCUGAUCACCACAUUUGCCAUAAUUGUCCUAGGAUUAUCCCUAGCAGUAGUAUUUUACAAGAGGAAGAAGAACUGGUCCAAUGGACUAUACAGGGCUGAAGUCCUCCCAUACAGUGAUGAUGCCGUUCUGGUAGACACAAUGGAGACAGAAGACUAUGCCUAAAAUUAUCUAUAGAAAAUGGGUAUUCUGACUAGUGUUGAGGAAACCUAAGUAGACUUCGAUCCGAAU